CUCGCCCGGUCGUACGCACACCCGCUCACACCAGUCGCCGAACAGCACUACCGUACACGCGCGCGCGCAGACGUAAUCGCUACACGCACGCCGACGGAGAUCCGAAAAUAUUAAUAACUCGACGGCACUACCGAUCGCCGCCGAACAGACCGUGGCACCGUGCUCAGUCGCUCCUCGCUCAGUUAUACCGCCGCCGCCGUCCGCCGCAUCCCGGAGGAGCGCGUGUCGACCGCACGCGGCAAUUUCAAAUGUUCCGUAAUCUUUUUCAAGCUCUUCCCCGUCAAGUUUAACGCGACACCGCGUCCACGACGGUUAUUUAUAGUCCAUAUUUUUCGUAUCUCGGAUGCACUAUUGAUAUUUUUAUUAUUACUAUUGUAUCAAAUUGUAAUAAUCAACUUUUUACCACCGAGACUAAUACACGUAGUAAUAUCGUCAUUAAUUUAAUAAACGCUACACCGAGAAAAGCAUUUCGCCGAUAAUACAUUAUUAUAUAACCAAAUAUUGUAUAAUUUGUCAUACGUACACGCGAUGAGUUUCCUAAAGUUUACAUUCGCAUUGGUUUCGGUCGUUUUGGCCACAGGCACGGUUCGAGCGUGGGAUUUAAGCGUGGUAACUCCAGCUCAGAUUCAGUUCCUUACAAAAAAUGUCGUGGAGAAUACAGCGGCCGAUAAGUUGAAAAACAUGGGUGCCAUUGCGUAUGAUCCUAUUAAAAAAGACGUAUACGUUAGUGAUGCCAAUCAAAAAGUCGGAAGUAUAUUCCGGUUAAAAACUACCGGUGAUACAGCGUAUACCAUCAUCGAACCUAUCGUAGCCAAACAAAAUGUUACCGUACUUGGUAUGGUGUUCGACGAGCGUACGUCCACGUUGUAUUGGACUACCGGCAACGGACUGACCAUCAACUACGUUCAUGUACCAGAAAAUUCGACCAAGGUUCCGCUCAUAGGACACGUCCUGUUCAGGUUCAAGGAUGCAAUACCCCAGGGAAUAGCGAUCGACACGUGUCGAGGGUAUUUGUACUGGACAAACUGUAACCAUUUAAACGCGACCAUCGAACGGUCGCGCCUGAACGGUUCUGAUCGUCAAAUCAUAGUGCACGAAAACCUAUUCCAGCCGUUGGGCAUCGCCGUAGACGUAGAACGCAACUUGAUCUACUGGAGCGAUGAACACGAGGGUUUAUACUACAGCAUCGAGAGCAGCAACCCGGAUGGCGGUUCUAGGAGGACGCUCAUCCACGGUACGCACCACCAGCCGUUUUCUAUAGCUGUAGACGACCAGGACAUCUACUGGAGCGAUUGGAUCAACAACGCCGUGUGGACAAUGCCCAAGGACUCGUUCCAGGGCGGCGUGCAACCGUCGUUGGUCGCCAAAUACGAGAUGAUCAGCACGCCCAUGGGACUGAUAACGCCCACCGGCAACACUACCAUGAUCAACAGCACGUAUUGCGCGAUGCACAGGUCAAAAGACAUCGUGGUGACGACAACAGAACUGACACCGGAACUGAUCCCGUACGAGGUGCUGAAGAACAUUUGCAAGAACAAGGGCGUGUUACACGCCAACGGGACGUGCACGUGCGCCCCGGGUUUCGAGGGCGAAUACUGUCAGACGGGCGUGUGCGACGGUUACUGCGUGUACGGGACGUGCACGUUGUCGGACGCGGGACAGCCGACGUGCCAGUGCUCGGACACCAGCUACGGCGAACGGUGCGAUAAGCAGCUGUGCGCGGGCAGGUGCCAGAACGGUGGCGAUUGCACGUUGGACGGAGUGGGCAAUCCACGUUGUGAGUGUCCGGUCGGGUACGCGGGCGAAGCGUGCGAGUACAAAGCGUCCUGGCUGAACGAGGUGUGCACGGUGUACUGCCAGCACGUCAUGUCCAAACAACAACAGUCGUCCGUCUGCAGGUGCGAAGAAUACAGACAGCAAUUCGAUUACUCGGAAAUGGCUAUGCUCAAUCAUUCGGACCUUUCACCGUGCAGACUCAGCAAGAGCAUGGCGGCCGUGAUCGCCAUACUCACGGUGUUCGUCGUUUGCCUUUGCACCAUUACCAUAGUGCUGGCCAGGAAAGUGCGGUUGCUGGGCCGCCGACCCAGGAUCAAGAAGCGCAUUGUUGUGAACAAAAGCAUCACGCCGUUGACGUGCCGCCCUCCGCAACAGGAAAAUCAACAGUGCGAGAUAACUAUCGAGAACUGUUGCAACAUGAACAUUUGCGAAACGCCAUGUUUCGAACCAGAUUUUCGGUCGUCCAAGAUGGGAGGUCUGUUGUCGUUGGGCAAGUCGAAAAAAGAAGACAAAGCGAACUUGUUGAGCAAUACGGACAUGUCGAGCGAAGACGAAAAACCGUUGUAUUGAUGUAAUAGUCUGGUGUAAAACUGAAAUGUAACUUAUUCGUUUUUACCAAUGUUUUUACUUAAGGGGCUGUAUGGGUGUAACACAUUGUGCAUUGUUGUUGUCGUUGUUGUUGUAGCUGGACGAAUUUGUGAUAUUCUAUAUCGUUCCAAGCCAUUCGGUUUCCAAUUUUUUUACGAUUUAAACUGCCGAAGAGAGUAUCGAUUAGAGCAUUACUAUUAUUUAUUUGUAAAAAAACACUUAAACGAAAAGCUCGAUUUAUAUAUGCCUAGUAUGUUUUAUUGAAACGUAUCGUGUGUUUGCGAAAACUAUGUACCUGCCGCAAGUACGGUUUAUGUGGUUCCACACGUACGAUACGUUUGACUCUGAAUGCAUGUGCCGCUUUUAUUCUUUCCAAUCGUCCAGCCCCUCUCCCCCAAAUCCAUAUAAUUCUAUUGAUAUUAUUAUAUUAUUUUAUUAUUAUUAUUAUUUUUUUUUUUAAUGAGCUGUUUUUAAUACAAGACUGGAAAUUUGUAUCUUAAGUAUUUUUUUUUUCGUUUUAUUGUUAAAACUAGUGAAAUUAGUGUAUUGUCGUUACAAUAAGUAUUUGUAUUUACUAUAUUUUGUAAAUUAAAUAUUUAUCUUUAAAAAUAAAAUCAUACAUUUAAGAUAUGUAUGCUAUAUAAUA